CUCCUCUCUCUCUCCUAAAACAAAUAUAACAGAGCUGCCUCUCUCUUUGUGUUUUGUCGUAAAAAAUCUGAGACAUAGAGAGAGAAACUGUUAGAGAGAGAGAGAGAGUCUCAGGCUCUCAGAGGUUUAGAGAGAGAGAGAGACUCUCGAAGCUCCCAACUCACUGCUUGAUUCCUCCAUUUGUGCAUUGCCCAUUUGCCACUUCAUCUCUCAGGGGAAGAGAGAGAAAGUCUGACACUUAGAGAGAGAAGCCCCACUGGUUUUCUUUUGCUGCAUUGGUCUGAAUCUGUUUGAUGAAGAAAAAAGCUUAAAGAAGUGUUGAAUGGAGUAGAAAUGGAGGAGGGUGGAUCAGCAGGAAACUAUCGGAGGAGUGGACUCAAAGUCAAGGUUGAUUCAUGGUUCAGCCAAUUUCGCAAUGGCUCGAAUCCUUGGAUGGCCAGAUAUGUCUACGGAUUCAUGUUUUUGAUAGCAAAUCUUAUGGCAUGGGGUGUCCGGGAUUACGGAAGCAAUAUGUUGACGGAGAUGGAGAAAUGUUUAAAACCUUUGGCGGUGAGUGCAGGAUUAAAAGGAUGUCAUGGUGUGAAGGAUUGUUUGGGUGCAGAAGGAGUCCUACGUGUAAGCUUGGGUUGCUUUUUGUUUUAUAUCACAAUGUUUCUUUCCACUGCUGGCACAUCGAAGUUGAACGAACCCAGAGAUUCGUGGCAAUCCGGAUGGUGGUCUGCCAAGAUUGUCAUGUGGAUUUCCUUCAUCAUCAUUCCCUUUCUGCUUCCUGCUACAAUCAUUCAGCUAUAUGGAGAGAUUGCGCAUUUUGGUGCCGGGGUUUUUCUCUUGAUUCAGCUAAUAAGCAUAAUCAGUUUCAUAACGUGGCUGAACGAUAGUUGUCAGUCUACCAAAUCAGAAAGAUGCCGGAUUCAUGUGAUGUUACUUGCAACUGCUGCAUAUGUUGUAUGCUUAGUGGGGAUCAUAUUGAUGUACAUAUGGUAUGCACCAGAACCAACUUGCCUCCUCAACAUCUUCUUCAUAACCUGGACAUUAGUACUCCUACAACUCAUGACCAGCGUCUCUCUCCACCCGAAUGUGAAUGCCGGCAUCUUGACUCCGGGUCUCAUGGGGCUUUAUAUAGUAUUCAUCUGCUGGUUUGCUAUUAGAAGCGAGCCAGCGGGGACAAGCUGCAACAAGAAGGCAGAUGAUUCAACCAAAACAGAUUGGCUCACCAUCAUAAGCUUUGUUAUAGCCGUGCUUGCAAUGGUUAUUGCAACAUUCUCAACCGGCAUAGAUUCCAAAUGCUUUCAGUUCAGGAAGGACGAGACUGAAUCCGAGGAUGAUGUUCCAUACGGUUAUGGAUUCUUCCAUUUUGUUUUCGCCACGGGAGCAAUGUACUUUGGAAUGCUGCUGAUUGGUUGGAAUACUCAUCAAUCCAUGAGAAGGUUUACGAUUGAUGUGGGAUGGGCCAGCACUUGGGUGAGGAUUGUGAACGAGUGGAUCGCGGUCUGCGUGUAUUUAUGGAUGCUAGUUGCUCCAAUCAUAUUGGAGAGCAGACAAACGGCGCAAUCCGCUUAAGUUUAUGUUUACAUCUUGCCACAUUCAUCCGUUGUAGAUAUGGGAGUGUCCAAGCCUCGCCCUCAAGGAUCGAAACUCUUUGCAUUCUCGAGAAGAGCCUCCUCAGGCCUGCCAUGGGCAGCAGCGCUGCUGGCACUUAACACCGGUGAACUGACUGCAACUUCUGGUUCGUAAUGUGUGAAGAUUAAGGGGGGAAAGAAAAAUACACACCAGUUAAGCAUUUUAAGUCUUCCUAUCCAGUACCAUAGAGUGUUGUGAAUUCAUAACACUUUCUUCUCCGUAUGUAAUCAUUGUAGUGUGAGCAAAUGUGGUUUAGAAGAAUCUUAGCAUGUCAUUAUUUGUUACAUUAUUGAAAUAGCAAAUAUAUUGUGGGUC